CCCUUCUCUCUUUCUCUUUAAAGCCAUAGCCAUAGUUCUCUGGGUUCUUUCUUACAUCUUACAUUGAAUGCCAAAGAAAGAGAGAGAAGAAGAAGAAGAAGAAGAAGAAGAAGAAGAAGCUCAUAAGGAAUGAGAAAGCCUUGCUGUGAAAAACAAGACACCAACAAAGGAGCUUGGUCUAAGCAAGAAGACCAAAAGCUCAUCGAUUACAUCCAAACUCAUGGUGAAGGCUGUUGGCGUUCCCUUCCCAAAGCCGCAGGGCUGCAUCGUUGCGGAAAAAGUUGCAGGUUGAGAUGGAUAAAUUAUUUGAAGCCUGAUAUCAAACGUGGAAACUUUGCUCAAGACGAAGAAGACCUCAUCAUCAAGCUCCAUGCCCUCCUCGGCAACCGGUGGUCCUUGAUAGCUGGAAGGUUGCCUGGAAGAACAGACAACGAGAUAAAGAACUAUUGGAAUUCUCACAUCCGUAGGAAGCUAACGAAGAUGGGUAUAGACCCUGAGAACCAUAAGCUUCAUCUUCACCAGAGCUUUCAUAAUCAUCGUCCUCGUCAUGAUGAUGACGAUGAUGAUGCCCUACCGGCUGCUGCCGCGACAUCCUCUGACUCAUUAAAGGAAAAAGAAAAACCAUCGUCCAAGUUGAAUCUUGACCUCACUAUUGCUUUUCCUUCUCGCACUGCACCAAACCUAAAUUCUGCUGAGUCCUCCCACAAUACUGCUGCUAAUAAUAAGGACAUGGAUCAGAGCCAAUCAGCUCCAACCCUUCCUCUAUUUAACUAGCUUCAUAAUAUAUAUGUCUCAUGUAUAAAUUCUAAUUGAAUGUUCAAUAUAUAUAUAUAUAUAUAUUGACCUUUAUGUCAGUACAAGUUGAGCGCAAAUAUUCAGAUCUCUCUGUAUUUUGUAAAUUUAGGUGCUUGUUGGUUACGGCAAGAAAAUUAGGUCACGAGGUCGACAAAAAACAUUCAUCCAAUUGAUCAUGAUUAUGAUAUGUUUCAUAUCUUAAAAAUGGUGUGGGUUUAUUUGAGUUUUGCUGCUAAUGGGAAUGCCUUAUUAGUGAGUACUUUGUACAUAGCUUUAUUCUAAAUUAUCUUAUAUAGGACUGUUAGAUGCGUCAUAACUUUGAUAAGCUGCUUUUGGAGUUAAAUUCUUCAUUCAAACAGCUUCCUUGUAACAAAUAGAUGUGUGUGUCAGUGUGUGUAUACAUAUAUAUGGCAAGAAAGUGUCGUUUGCGUA